CCAUGUACGGCGACGUUUUCAACGCCACUGGUGGCCCCGAGGCGGCGGUAGGCGGCGCGCUGGCCUUGGCAGCUACGGUCAAGGCGGAGGGCGCUCUGCCGCUGGAGCUGGCCACCGCGCACGGUAUGCGGGACGGAGCGGCCGCAAAGCCCGACCUGCCUACCUACCUGCUGCUCUUCUUCCUGCUGCUGCUCUCCGUGGCGCUCGUCAUCCUCUUCAUCGGCUGCCAGCUGCGCCACUCGGCCUUCGCUGCGCCGCCCCACGACCGCUCGCUGCGCGACACCCGCGCGCCCUGGAAGACGCGGCCGGUGUAACCUCCCAGAAAGCCAGGGCCGGCGGGCGUGGUGUCCCGGUUUCACCACGAACAGUAGGUGUGAGCCGGACGGGGAGGGCCUGACCUCAGAGGAUUGCCAGCCCUUGGGCACCCUGCGCCCUGACCCAAAGGCCCUCCCCGACUUUGAGUGGCACCUGGGCGUAAAAGGAGUCAGAAGCGUCAGGGCUGCCCAGGGUCCCACUCCCAGUAGCCGCGGGGUACCAAGGUUCUAAUCCCCUGUCACAGUCUUUCUUCCCCGGGACAGCGGGUCCAGCUGGACCUUCCUGAAAACAGAGCGCCGCGGAGACAUAGGAGCCUUCCUCGCUGCCUGCUGAUUUCCUCACUUUGUGCACGGAACAGGCCGGCACGGCGAGCGCGCGACUAGCCGGGAUCUGCCUGUCAGACUCGUUGGCCCUGUGGCUGUAUUCCCGCGGCUACCCCGCC